CGGGUGUUCCGUAACACGCUCUAAACAGAGAAGUGGUUGAAUAAGCCAAUCAGAGACUUCGUUUCAAUUUAGGUACCCGGAUGUAACCGUGAGCCAGUUAGCUACGUCAUUGUUCACCGCCGGACACCCACUGGAAAUAAGGAAUGGAUUUACAACAGCUAAUAAUGUAUUCAUGAAAGAUUCCAGCAAUGAACAAUGACCAUAGUUGACAGAUCCUCAGAAAAAUCUGACCACGAGUCAGUUGGGUGUAAAAUAUCCCACUUCACCAGUGGAGACGUGGGGAUGGAUGGCAGCUGUUCCAGCAACUGGGCAGUGGGCCCAAACAUGCCCAGUGACUCUCCAAGACUAAAAGCUUCAGGAGGCUGCAUGGGUCCAACUGCUGGAGCCACCAUUUACAACAGUACAUCCUCUAUGGAACGGUCUAAAGAUCCAGUAGUAAGCAGUGGUGAUGGCAUUGACAUGCCCCAGAAGGUCCUCUUCCCUUCAGAGCGACUCAACCUGAAGUGGUCCCAGGUUCAUCGCAUUGGUGCGGGACUGCAGAACAUGGGCAACACAUGCUUUCUUAACUCAGCCCUACAGUGUCUCACCUAUACCCCUCCAUUUGCCAACUACAUGCUGUCACGGGAGCACUCCAAAAUAUGUCACGAACCAGGGUUCUGUAUGAUGUGCACCAUGCAGAAUCACAUCAUUCAAGUUUUUGCCAACUCUGGGAAUGUCAUUAAGCCCAUCGGUGUACUCAAUGAACUCAAAAGAAUCGCAAAGCAUUUUCGCUAUGGAAGUCAGGAGGAUGCUCAUGAGUUCCUUAGGUACACUGUGGACGCUAUGCAAAAGUCCUGCUUACCUGGAACCAAGUUGGACAGGCAAACACAGGCAACUACCUUCAUUCAUCAAGUGUUUGGCGGGUAUCUAAGGUCCAGAGUUAAAUGUUUAAACUGCAAAGCAGUCUCAGACACAUUUGAUCCAUUUCUGGAUAUUACCCUGGAAAUUAAGACAGCUCCUAGUGUCACCAAAUCUCUGGAACAGUUUGUCAAGCCAGAGCAGCUUGAAGGAGAAAAUGCCUACAAAUGCACAAAGUGCAAGAAAAUGGUCACAGCAUCAAAGAGAUUUACUAUCCACCGAAGCGCCAAUGUGCUUACCUUUUCACUCAAACGCUUUGCAAACUUCAGUGGAGGCAAAAUCACCAAGGAUGUGAAAUAUCCAGAAUAUCUGGACCUGCGACCUUUUAUGUCUCAAACCCAAGGAGAGUCACAGUUCUACGGGCUCUAUGCUGUGCUUGUCCAUUCUGGAUUCAGCUGUCAUGCUGGACACUACUUCUGCUACGUUAAGGCAAGCAAUGGCCAGUGGUAUCAGAUGAACGAUUCCUCUGUGUCUAUCAGUGACAUCAGGUCUGUUCUCAACCAGCAGGCCUAUGUCCUUUUUUACAUCAGGGCUAAUGACGCGAAAAAAACAGCGGACUAUACCCAAACAAGUUAUAACCCUGCCAUCCCUGGUCAGUCGUCCCCUCGACCUGUGGUGAUACCACGCAUUAACAGCACUGUCCACAACAUUGGCUUCAUAGGCCCACAACUGCCCCCCCACAUGACCAAGAACACUUCCCAUAUCAAUGGUAAUGGAUCUGCGAGGAACUUUCCAACCAACUCCAAGCCUAGUACAAGCAGCAGUGUUUUGGGAAAAUCUAGCCAUGGACUGGCUAUGUCUUCCAACACCCACUCUAUUAGUAGGCCCACAAUGAUUCCAGACCAAGACAAACGGCAGAAGCUUUCAUUCUUCAUUGGACAAGGCAAACAGAACCGCCCGUCAUCCACCUCAUCCUCUUACACCUCUUCUAUUGGCAGCAGCUCUUCCUCCAGCUAUUUGUCCUCCUCACAGUCUACCUCAGACGUUCGUUUUGUCCCGCGCCAGCUUAAUCACGUUAACGGCACAUCUUGUAUUAAUGGGGAUCACCAUGCUGGGAAUGGAGGAAAUGGGGCAUCAUUCUUGGUUCCAUACAGCCAGGAGUCUUCAGAGGAAUCAGACCAGGAGAGCAGUGGCACUCUGGAUAACAGCUGUUCAGACAAGUCUCAUCUUAAUGGAAACAACAGAGCAGGAGAUUUUCCCCAAGCCACAAAUGGAGACUCAGAAGUGCAUCAUAAUGGUACUGGUUUAAAUGGUGUCUCUAACACUAGCCAAAAUGGGCACCAUAAUGGACACCACAAAAUAAAUAGACACAACACCCCUGAUAAGAUCUCUUGCAAUAAUUAUGGCAAUUCAUCUGUGACUGCUGUUGCUGUAAAUGGACUAGAAACUUGCCAUAGUCAAACAAGCAUAGAGGCACAGACUUCUGCCUCAUCCAAGGCAAGUUGUUCUCAGAGCAUCCAUCCUGCUGUCACUGAAAACCAGCAUCUGUCCACUCCUGACAAAAGGGCUAAAACUGUGUCUGAACCUUUGCCUCAACAAACAGGAUUCUCAGCUGUUAGCUCUCCACCUUCUGCUACUUCUACAUACAGACAAACCCAUUCUGUCACAUCUAAGCAAUCUGCUUCCUCCUCUGCCUCCCAUGGCAAACCUGUGGCCUUAUCACCCCCACUAGACAGUGCUAAAAGCACCAGUGAAGUGUCAUCAGCCUCAGUGAGAAUUAGUGUAAAUGAAUUGAAGGAUCUAUCACAGAGCAAUGGACCGUCAACAGGAAAUGAAGAACGCUGUGAUGAUAGAGAAUUCCAGUCCAAGCCUAGUUCCAGAGACAAUGAAAGACGAUAUUCACAAAAUAUGGAGAGAGACAGUCUGAACUCUAGCUGGAGUAGAAGCAGGGAGAGACCCUACAGGGACAGGAGUCGUGAUGGUGAUCGAAAUCGAUACAAAUGGGACAACCGAUAUCAUCGCACAUCAAGCCCCAACAAGGAUCAUUCGCUUCCAUACAGUAAUGACAGGGACUAUGAGGCAGAGCGCCAUAGGGGAAGAACUAUGCAUAUAAUGCGAGAUCGUGACAGGUCUUCUAACCACUACUACCCCCACCAUCGAUCCAGAGAGGACUCAGCCCAUGGGCGUAGGGGACUUUCUUAUUCCUACCGUGAUGGGUCUCAUUUCCCUAGGAAGGCAAGGCAGAACAGUCGUGAAUCAUGGGACGUAUCCAUGAAAGACAAGAGCCAAGGCAAUGGGAGGGACCAUUGCCCUUCAAAAGGGGAAUCUUCCUUGCUUGCCAAAGAACCACAAAUAUUUUUAAAAUCCAGGGGUUCUCCCUCUCGGGCUCCAUUCUACACAUCUGGAUCCGCUCCUAACAGAGAUGAAAAUCACAAAAGGGCAUCUGAUAAUCGCAGCAAGGAAAGGGACAACAGUUCUGAGGUCUGCUGUGCUAAGAAACGCAAAAAGAGCAAGAAAAAGAAGAAGACAAAGGACAAAGACAGACAUCGUGACAGCGGUAACACGGACAAUUCAGACAGAGCCACUGAAACAAAAAAGAGGAAGAAAAAGAAGAGGAGACGUCGUGACAGUAAGGCUGAGCAGCACAGCCCAACAUUAGCUCGGAGCCACAGGAAUAGAAGCAGUGAAGCGAAGGAGAGUCACAAGUGGCGAUAUUGUGACAUUAAGGACAAUAAACACAACAAUGGUUUUUCACCCCAAAAUCAAAGGUGCACAAACAACACCGAUGGCAGGAGUGACCUUGUACCCACCUCCCACCACAUCUCACCCACAAACGGUUCACCUCACCACCAUCUUAAUGGAUAUGCAGGAAAGGCUUGCAGUGGAACCAAUGGUGACUCCCAUGGAUUCUCCAGUGGUUUGAAACACUGACUGUGAGUGGGCAUUCUUUGUCGUGGUAUAGAAUUUAGUUCAGUCAGUCCUAAUAAGCAGUAGGAAGUCUUUGUUGUCAACAACAUUUUAACAGCAGUGGAAUGAUGACAACCUUUUGACGUGGUGCUUCAUUAGGAAUACGUAUUUUUACCACAACUCAAGUGUUUAAAAUGUUCAGAAAUAUUUUCUUUAAGUGUUGGUUUAUUUCCUGUAAUUCCCUUACAAUGGUUAAAGAAAACUAUCAUGUUUUAACAUUUAUGAUGGAAAAAUAUUAAUAUAUACUUUUAUGAACACAAAGCCUGGAGCUUAAGCAUCUCAACUGCUGCUCAGUGGAACUCAGGACUUGAAAACUUAUUAACAUUCAUCACUACUUUGCACCUGCUUCAAGAGAGAGUGAAACAAAAGGGAAAAUGUGACGCGAGAAUAACUGUAAGGCUUGCAACCAUAUCUACAGAACUUCAGUGUUUGGGUUUUUUGGUCAUCCUGGGCAGACACAUGGAGUAAGGCAUUUGUGAAUAAGGCAAAUGAGUGCAGUGGUGGCAACAGGCUUUGCUGACUGAUACCUCCACUUUAUCCCUGGACAGACUUGAGGAUAUUUCCCAGCUUUUUGUGGUCCUUUUUUUCCUGUAACAUCAAAGAUUCACAUACAGGUACAGAUGUUUUUAUCUGGAUUGUGCUUCUCUUUUUUUUUUUGUUUUUCUCACAAUUUUUUUCUUUUAAAAAGUUCAUUAAGACCAUCAUCAAAAUGGCUGCGGACCAUUUGUGUUUGCUUUUUUGAUAUUAAACAUUUUGUCUUCUAGCAUCAUAACCAAUACUGUGAAUUUAAUUUUAAACUGUACUAUCAGUUUUUUAUAUAUGUAACCAUCCUGUAUCAGGAUUCUCUGAAUUUUUGUUGCGUGUUGUUUUCAGAAAAAACAUAAUUUUGACUAUAUACUCUGGACAAAGUGUGUUAAUGAAUACGGUCUCUCUUUUUUGUUUGUUUUUUGUUUUCCAAAUUUGACAGAAGUUGAAAAACGGCUGUUAUACAGUUUUGUUAAUUUAGCAUGUCAGAAUUUUUACAUUGUAUAAGGUGAAAGCCUUUAAAUACAUUUGGUCAUGUUUAAUUUGUUAA